AUGUCGCAGCUCAACAAAUAUUUAUUGGUCCUCUUGAUCCUGGUAAUUCCUUCUACAUGGGCUACGUACGAUCAUUAUCGCUUGCCUAAUGCACUGGAACCUCUACACUACAAUUUGCGAGUGCUUACCCAUUUAAAUAGUACAGAUCAAAGAUUUGAGGGCUCUGUAAAAGUAGACAUUCUAGCAAGGGAGUCGACCAAAAAUAUAACUUUACACUCCGCAAAGUUAAAGAUAGAUGAGGAUCGUACGUUAGUUAGGUCUGAUCAUGAAAAAAUCAGCGUUACUAGCAUUGAAACAAAUGAGGUGUAUAAUUUCUAUACCCUGCAUUUAAGUCGUGAAUUGGAGAAAAGUAAGAUCUAUCAGUUGGAAAUGUACUUUGAAGCCAGGUUAAAUGAUUCCCAAAGUGGCUACUACAAAAGUAACUACACGGAUGCGAUUACCAAAAAAGUUCAUCAUCUUGCAGUCACCCAAUUUUCACCCACAUUUGCCAGGCAGGCCUUUCCCUGCUUUGAUGAACCCUCCUGGAAAUCUACCUUUAAUGUAACUCUGGGUUAUCACAAAAAUUAUACGGGUCUUAGCGGUACACCCAUUCUUGCAUGUCAAGAUCAUGAAAGUCUGGAAAACUAUGUUUGGUGCGAUCACGAGCCGCUUCUGAAGACCUCGACUUAUUUAGUAGCCUAUGCUGUACAUGAUCUGAAAAACGCAGCCACCCAAGAAAGUACGACCCACAACAGAGUGAUCUUUCGCAACUGGAUGGAGCCAAAGUUAUUGGACCAGGAAAUGAUUUCCUUGGAGAUAGCUCCCAAACUGUUAACAUUCUAUGAGAAUCUAUUUCAAAUGGAUUUCCCCCUGGUAAAAAUUGACCAGCUUACGGUGCCCACUCACAGAUUUACGGCGAUGGAGAACUGGGGUCUGGUCACCUACAACGAAGAGAGAUUACCCCAAAACAUGGGAUAUAAUCUCCAGCAGCAGAAGGAUCGAACGAGCUCUACUGUUGCACAUGAAUAUGCCCAUCAGUGGUUUGGAAAUCUGGUUACCAUGAAAUGGUGGAAUGAUCUUUGGCUAAAAGAGGGUCCGUCCACCUAUUUUGGCUAUUUGGCAUUGGAUGCCUUACAACCUGAACUAACAAGAGGUGAACGAUUUAUAGAUAUGGAUUUGGCAAACUUUUUUGACAAGGACUCGAAUGGUAGCGUACCCGCUAUUUCAAAGGAUGUUAAAGAUCCUUCAGAGAUUCUCGGACAAUUUACGGAAUAUGUUUACCAAAAGGGAUCGUUGACCAUGCGCAUGUUGCAUAAGCUGCUUGGAGAGGAGGCAUUUUUCCAGGGAAUUCGUUCUUAUUUGAGCAGAUACUACUUGAGAAAUGUGGAUCAAGGGGAUCUCUGGAACUCCCUUGAAGAGGCUGCCCUGCAAAAGGAAGUAAUUCCCUUGGACUUUAGUCUGAGUAGGGCCAUGGAUUCUUGGACCCUGCAGGGUGGAUAUCCGUUGGUUACCCUUAACCGCAACUUCGAGACGGGUAGUUUAACCAUCAAGCAAACAAGAUUUUUCAAAGGUCAGGAAAUCGGCAGUGAUUCAUCCUGCUGGUGGGUACCCUUGAGUUUUAUAAGACAAAAUCUACCCGACUUUGAUCAAACUAUCCCAAAGUUUUGGUUGGAGUGCCCUUUGGCCACACAAGAACUGCAGUUGCUGGAAACCCCAUCCUCCGAUGAAUGGAUCAUCCUCAAUCCUCAAGUUAGCACCAUUUUUAGGGUUAACUAUGAUGAAAAAAACUGGCGCUUGAUAAUAAAAAGCCUAUUGAAUGAUCCCAACUUUGGUGGUAUUCAUAGAUUAAACAGAGCUCAACUGCUAGAUGAUCUCUUGGCAUUGGCUGCAGUGCAAAUACAGACAUAUGAUAUAGCCUUUGAUCUUUUGAGAUAUCUGGAAAAAGAGCGGGAACUUGGACCCUGGCAGAGGGCUGUAAAUAUCUUAAAUAAACUGGGACCUUUAUUGGAUGAUAAGGAUGCAAAGCAAUUUAAGAUCUACAUGCAAAAGUUAAUAUUGACCUUGUAUAAGAGCUUUCCAAAGCUAUCCGGAAUAACAGGAUCAAACACUGCCAUCAAGGAUAUUCCAUUUGCUGAUUUUGUGUAUUCUCAGGCCUGUCGUUACCACGUAGAUGAUUGCACCAAUCAGGCCAAGAUCCUGACUAUAUCCCAUCGAAAUGGUGACAAUCUGGAACUGCCCUCCAAUUUCCAACAGGUUGCCUACUGUUCUUUUUUGGAAGAAGGAGGCGAUUCGGAAUUCGAGGACGUAUACGGACAUUUCCAGAACACUACGAAUGAAUCUCAAAGAAGGAUAUUGGCAUCGUCUCUCGGUUGCAGUCGAAACUAUACGAAUUUCGAGCAGUUUCUGAACUUUACUAUAAAUUCCGAUGAGAAACCUUUAAGCGAUUGUUGCAUGCUGGCAGUAAAAACAGCUUUGAGUAGGGGACAUUUGGUUAGUCCCACAGGGAACUAUAUCCUAAGUCAUGCCAAGAUUUUGGGUGAAAAAUUCAAAAAGAAAGAGCUUACAGGACUCUUGCUUAGUUUGGCUGGAAAUCUUCGAAGUGCGGAAGAAUUGGAACAACUUAAGGUGCAGUUAAAAGGUAUCAAGCCCUUCGAAGAAGCUCUACAAAAAGCACUUCAUCUGGGAAAAAUAAAUCAGAAAUGGCAGAAAGACUGUUCCAGUGAUUUUAUUAAAGCUAUUGGAAAACGUUUAUAA